UUUGGUUUUUACAUAUUAUGUAUUAUGUGUGUAUGGAUUUAAAAUGUAGUAACCUUUGUUUAUACCUCAAUUUCUGGUUCCAGGAUCAUGCCAGCAACAGUACUUCAGGUUGCAACCUAAAGAUGUCAAAGUUCAAGAAGGCGGGGAAGCUACGCUGCAGUGUGAGAUUACACACCUUGCUGGUCAGGUACAAUGGACUAAGGACGGCUUUGCUUUAGGUAAUAUGAGAUUUAAACUAUUCUGCUUCUCCGUUUCCAACACAUAUUACAUACAACUAAAUAGAUUGGCAUUGGGAAGGACAUUGGACCUAACCGAACCUCCCAGGGCGGUACGUGCCUGCAAUCCAAUUGGGGUUUCCUUCAGGAUCAGCGGUUUCUCACCAGAGAUUCCUGGUUUCCCGAGGUACAAAAUGAUCGGGGACUUCAAUAAUGGCGUCUACAAUUUGAACAUCAUCAACGCCAGCCUGGAGGACGACGCACAAUUCCAGUGUCAAGUCGGCCCCCACGGAUUUCACAAACCCAUCAGGGCCAACGCCAAUCUAUCUGUUAUAUGUGAGUAG